AUGAAGUUCGACCAGCGUGUUAGGGAGCUAUUGGACUUCAGCAUCUACUUGGAUAUUAGCAACGAGGUCAAGUUCGCGUGGAAAAUUCAGAGGGACAUGGCCGAGAGAGGACACAGCCUAGAAAGCAUCAAAGCCAGCAUCGAAGCGCGGAAGCCUGAUUUCGAUGCUUACAUCGAUCCGCAGAAGCAAUAUGCAGAUGCCGUGAUUGAAGUGUUACCUACCCAGCUGAUACCAGAUGAUGAGGAGAAGAAGGUACUCAGAGUGAGGCUGAUAAUGAAAGAAGGGGUGAAGUUUUUCAACCCAGUCUACCUCUUUGAUGAAGGCUCCACCAUCACAUGGGUACCUUGUGGAAGAAAGCUGACUUGCUCUUACCCUGGCAUUAAGUUCUCCUAUGGCCCUGAGACCUACUUCGGCCAUGAGGUGACUGUACUGGAGAUGGAUGGUCAAUUCGACAGAUUAGAUGAGCUGAUUUACGUCGAGAGUCAUCUCAGCAACCUCUCGACUAAGUUCUAUGGCGAAGUCACCCAACAGAUGUUGAAGCACUCCGACUUCCCAGGCAGCAACAAUGGCAGUGGCUUCUUCCAGACCAUUGUCGGCUUGAAAAUCAGAGACCUGUAUGAGCAGAUCGUCACCAGCAAGGUUGCAACUCCAUUGCAAGCCACAAAAGCCCAAAGGCUGACUUAA